AGUUAUCCGAAAACAAGUCGAAAACCAGCGCGCCUCGUCAUCGGUCGGCACGGUCUCAUCGCCAGGACGUCCAUAUCGUCGAAAAAAGAUGGAGACUGACCGACAAAUGGUUGAUAUUUCUAAUUGCGAAGCCGAUCGUCAAACUCUUCAAAGUUACGUUGAAAAUAUUUGCGUAAGAAAAAAAAAAAGCAAAUUGAAUCCAGAAAAAGGAAACGAACGCGUGCUGGUUUUCUUUUUGCUAUUGAAUCGAUCAAAAAGAAAAAUAUGAAAACGUCUGACCGGGCAGCAGAUAUGCUGCAAAAUUCACAGAUGUUGCCCUGACCUCCUGCAAAGCGAUGGAAUAGAAUGCUAAAGAUGGCAUCCUCGAGAGGACUAAAACAAAAAAAAAAUAUGGCAUAAUUACCAGAAGCUGCGGGCGACUCUGGGCGACAGACAGCAGCAGUAAACCAUCGUGAACGAAAAUGUGCAUGAAUAAGACCACCGGAGGAAAAAAAAAAUAAACUAAGAAGUAAAACAACAUGGAUGCAAAUCAGUAGACUGCCGCUACGCUACCAUCGCACGAGUGGUCGGUGAAGAGCAGCGGGUACGCCUAACUCUAGGAUGGAAGUGUGCAGACAAUCUGGCAGUAGUACCGAAACCGGCUCGUUUCCUCCUCGAAACAACUAGUAAUCCUUCCGGCCUACCACCUGAACAGUGCCGAAAGCACUUAAAGUAGUCUGCUUUAAUAAUUUGCUAUACAAUUCCUUGUUGGAAUUCUAAUUGAGCCGUGGAACCAUCUGCGUGAUUGUAGAAAUUUCGACCAACAUCUCAAGAAAUGAAUCAAUGAAUAUCCAUCAGAACAUGACUCUCAGGAAAGGGAAAAGAUAAGUCCGAUUUGUGCAAGCAAUCAUCGUCUUAACCCAAGGCUGUGCUACAAGCAUAAAACGGAAAACCGAAAAAUUAAUGCUUAAUAGCCUUCCAAUACUUUCCAAAAUCAUAAAUGUCGAUGAAUCCUGAAGCAGCUCUAGAAUUCGGUGUCGGAGAACCCUCGAUCGGUAGGUGACGAAAUGAGCGAGAGCGGAAAGAAGAAGUGCGAAAUAAAAACGGAGUGCAGGGAACUUUGCCAGAGCGAAAACAACAACAACAAAAAAAACGCAAACAUGGACUAAACCAAGCGAUAGAUGGAACGACUACGAGCCUGUGGCGUUUGCGAGGGGACCAACGGCACGCACACAAACACUCGCACACACACAGACACACAUCAGAAGUCAGCAGCGGUGGUUACGGUACGUGACUGAGUGGAAUUAGUGCUAUCCGAUGAUCUAUUCCGAAACGAUAUUUUUUCUCGCCUGGCAAGCGACAAACCUUUGUUUUCUUUUUCUGGCAAAGAAAUAUAGAACGAAUUGCCCGUGCAAAUGAGAAUCGGUUGGGCCCGGAGAAACGGCGCUACGUUGGUACGAACCCGUUCGGAGGAUUGUCGUGGCAGCAUUCGAAUUUUUAUUUUUUAAAGUAUGUACACGAUUCAGUCUAAACAGAAGCACCAAACUCAGCAGCACUAUGUAGCGUCUGGUGGCAGGCCUAGGGUAACUACCAUGGAAACAAACCAAAAGACUGGCGACUCGUAUGGACUGAAUAGCGGCAACGGCAGUAGUAGUACCGGCUAUCCAAGCUGGAAGGAAGGAAGUACAAAUCGAUCGAUACUUUAUAGCGUCGGUAGAAACCUCAACAGCAACAACAGCAGCAGUGUUGGUGGUGGUGGUAGUAGGAAACCGUCGAUCGGCAGUGGCAGCGAGCUGUCCAGUGAAGAUUACGAAGAUGUAAAACCGGACAUCAAGGUCAGUUCGCACCUGCUCGACCAUGGGUAUGGUUUCGGUGUGACGCCGCAGUACCAUUCGCAGUCACAGCAGCAGAGCCAUCAUCACCACAUCAGUAGUAGUACUAGUAGCAAUAGUCAUCGUAAUAGUAGUCAACAUAAUAGUGCUUAUCAUCAACAUCAUCACAGUCCUUCGGCGUCUACCUCUACGUCGCCAGCAACGACGGUUGAUCCGGUGCAGUAUCACCAACACCAACACCACCACCAGCACCAUGGGAAGCCAGCGACGCCCGAUCGAACGGCGGCGGGACUGCUACAACAGCACAAAAGUGCCAGCGGUGAUCCGCAAAUUACGAACUACUUUAAGGCGGUAAAACGUCGGCCACAGUCGAGCGUGUCACCCACUCCGGCCAAAAUUGCCAAGCAGUCCAGAAGUAAAACGCCCAGUUCCACGUGUUCUACGCCAACAUCGUCGGUGUCGUCUUCGUCAUCGAAGAAGCGGUAUUCGGAAGGAACCAGGUACGACACCUCACUCGGACUGCUGACGAAAAAGUUCAUCGAUCUGUUGAAGGAAUCGUCCGACGGUGUGGUCGAUCUGAACAUUGCCUCCACCAAGCUGAAUGUACAAAAGCGUCGUAUCUACGAUAUCACCAAUGUGCUCGAAGGAAUCGGAAUCCUGGAGAAGAAAUCGAAAAACAACAUCCAGUGGAAGUUGGGCAACUCGUUGUGCAAUAUCGAGAAGAACAACCGGAUACAGCGCGAGCGGUACGUGCAGGAGCAGAAGGAGAAUUUGCUGGAUCGGAUGAUCGUUGAGAUGCGCAAGACUACGGGAGACGACAUGAAGACAGCUCGACAUGCGUACGUGACCUGCCAGGAUCUUAAUUCGAUCGACAUGUUCAAGGAGCAAACUAUUGUGGUGAUUAAAGCCCCACCGGGGGCGAAAUUGGAGCUAACCGAUGUGCAACAGCCACGGGAAAUCUUAUUCAAAUCCGAGAAGGGGGAAAUCGACGUAUUUCUUUGUCCGGAAUCUUCGGAAGGGUCACCCGAUGGUGGAGUUGGCGGGGCUGGCAGUAGUAAUAGUGGAGGCUUUACCGGUGGUUGCAGUACAACAGGCGGAGGAUACGGUAGCAGCAGGUCUGGGCCCGAUCCUCUGCUCGAAGAUAUUGAUCCACUGUUGUCAACGCCAAGUGGAAAAUUAUUUGGGCGCAAAUCGAAGCUAAAAUUCAGCUUCAUGAAACCGUUCAGUUCAGCGCAACGAAAUCUCAACAAAGCGCUGUUUGGCACUCCUGCCGUUGAGGUUAAGAUCGAACCCUCUUCCACAAUUCUGAACGCGAUUUCGACUGGCAAAACGACCAGUGUUCCUGUUCCGGUUAUCUCACCAUUGUCGAUGCACAUCCAGAAAGAACUAGAUCUUAUGGGCGGGGGCUGUGCCAACAUUGAAUCCCCGAUAAAAACUUCGACUGAAAACAUGUACUUUAGCACUGGUUGUUCAAUCAAAAAGGAACGAACAGAUACGGACUAUUCCGAAGCUAACACCAACAGCAUCAGCAGCAGCACCAUGAUCACCAGUGGUAAGAAGCUCCCGGUGGAAAUAACCAACCACAAUGCAUCAUUGAACGAUAGCAAACUGAGCCCGCACACGCUUCUGCCACAAACGGAACUGGACUCAGGUGACGCGUUACUGAAGGGACUGAGUGCAAAGUCUACGCCGGUUAGUUUGCGCGAACGAAACGCGAUGAUGGCUGAGUUUGGCAACUGCAGUCCCUUUGAUCUACCGUACUCAGAAGUGCCCGAAAUGGAUUCAUUCCUGCCGCUAGAACCGCUGGACAACGACUACAACUUCUGCUUGGAUCACACGGAAGGCGUGUUCGAUUUGUUCGAUUUCAAUGUCGAUUUUCGUUGAAAACACUCGUGCAGUGUUUCGUUUGAAUUGUUCGAAUUUCGUGCAAUCGGGCAUUCGAAACAGAUGUUUCAUUGAUUUGCACCGCACGAAAAGAAUGCACUUUCGGAGCAAUUCGCAGGCAAUCCGUUAUCUUUUUCGAGCAGCAAGCAUGCAAAUUAAUACCAGCAAAAGUGAGAAAAUAACAAGGCAAACUUUACAAAACAAGCGAGUGGAAUCGAUGAAAAACGACAUAAAUUUUAGUUCAAAUUUUCAGUUUUGCUUAGUUCUUAUUGCUACUAGUACUAAUUAUUACAAACACAAGGAGAAGGAUACACACGGAUAUUGGCACCUACACCAACGACCGGUGGAUUUACACAUAUAUUUCCGGCUGCCGAACCCUUGUUGAACCAGCCAAACGACCGAAAUGAGAAUAUUAAUGUAAGGAAAGAAAGUUUUACAGAGUUUGUGCUGCAAGGCCUAUUUCAAAGUUUUUUUUUCAUUCUGCGAUGUUUUUGCUGCAACUGAUGAAGGGCUGGCUAGCACAGGCGCGAUUUGUGUGCAGUGCAGGCAAAAAAAAGCAAACCACGAUGCAGCAAGCUAACAUCUCAGAGUUUAGGAGAAUAUUCGAUUAAAAUUAAAUCGAGAAAAUGGUAACAAUAAGAUGGUUUUAACAAUGCUUUAUAUUGCUAUUUAGUUGUCUUUCUUGUAUAUAUUACUAUGUAAAUUAUUUAACAAACGGUAUAAAGUAAAGGAACGAAGUAAAAGUAAAAGCAGUGGUAGAAAGCUUAUUUCGGGGCGGCCGAAUUUAUCUCGAGAAAUUCUAUAGUGACCUGACCAUGCUUCUCCUUAAUGAAACUGAUCCCUCAUACGGAACAAAAGUAAAUGCGCUUAUGAUGUAACAAAAGGGAAGAUUUUUGCUAACUGGUGGAUUCGGCGGUGUAAACAAAUUCCCAUCUGAAAAACGGGAUAGGUCUAAUGUGCUUUUUAUGCUCCAAUUAAAAGAAUUUCGCGACAGCUACCCGAUAAUAAAUGAAAAAAAAUACCCAUCAGCAGAAGUGCAUUAGAACCCAUCCGCCAAAGGUCACGUGGAAAUAAAAUAAAACUGAUGGCACUAAGUAACUAAUUUAACGGUAAGACUACAAUAUAAAUAGUUCCACAAGGUACGGUCGUACUACUACAAUGCACACGAAACAAAUAGUUAUGAUCAGAGGAUGGAAGCAAUUCUCUAGAUUUUAAGCAGAAAAUCUUAAUUUAUACAUAUAUUUUUAAUAGGGAUAUCUAACAAAUGGGACAACACAUACAAACAAAAAAUAAAAACAAAAUAUGUAAAUCAAACGGAACAAACAUUCAAUUAGAAUGAUGCGAAUCCCGCAAUUCGUAGGCGAUAGAAUAGUGCAAAAACGGAGUUUUUGGAAAAUGUAAGCAAAUUUUACCGAUUAUUACUUCUUAUUUAUUAAUUUUUCUCAAGCGAACGUAUUUCGCCUGUUCAGAUAGAAACAAAAAAAAACAGUAAUACGCUUGUUACUUUUCACCGUUGCCAAUUGAUUUGUUAUUAUGGAGAGAAAAAAAGAGAGAAACAGAUUUACUCAAUACACUGGUUGAUGUAUUUUCAAACAAAAAAUUAAGCUUGGUCAACUCAUUUCAAUCGGUCCUCGGUGAGCCAAGCAAAAUAAUCGUAAUUCGUUGUUUCAAUAUGCCGUUCAUAUCAUCGUUAAGGACUGCCAUUUGCAAUUAUUCCAGUUUUUUUUUACCGACGGAAAAUAUUUUUCUUUUUUGUUGAAUUUAGUUAAUAUAAACAAAGCGGAAGAUGAAAGUAGUGCGAUUAUUUUCCCGGCUGAGAGAUAAGGACAGUACAUGAUUUCUCUUGAUUGUUUUUAGUUAUUACGCAUAUAUCGUUUAUUUGUGUUAGUUUGAGGUGUUUUCUCAUUUACUACUGAUCAAAACAGUACACGGAAAGAACACUUGGCGAAAUGUUGUACAUAUAUCAAAAGAGAGACAGAGUGAUGAAAGCCAAGCCGAUAUGGAAUUCCUUUGAGUUCCGAGGAAGUCAAAUAUCACAGUUAACGUACUUUCCAUAACACGAUCCGUGGACCUGGGAAAGCUAGCAUUUUUUUUCUGUGUAUAAGUUGUAGAAGCAAAAAUAAAAAGUGAAAAAUAUUA